AUGCCCACCUGUGAAUCGAAGAAUAUAGACAUCCAAUUCCCUGUUUACCAUGGAUUAAGCAAGCUAUCACUUCUGUCAAAGGUGCUACUAUUCAUAGGGGUACACAAACACUAUUCCACUAAACUAAGCAAUUUGGGAGGAAUGGAUUCCAAGUUAUUUUACAACUUGAGGAUAGAGAUUCUUUUGAGAUCAUCACUAAACACUCUUGGUACAAUGCGUUGUACAAACAAAGAAUAUGAAAAUCUCACAUACCAUCCACAUCUUCUUAAUGUGUACAAGCAAAGAAACAACAUUGUAUGUGGUUUUCUAGUUGUAAGGGGUCAAAAUGGGUGCGAUUUCACCGAGUUUGCUCCAUCACAUGGGUCAAAAAGUCUUGAUCUUGGUUUUCUACCACACAAUGCCGAAAUUCUAGCAUCUUCAGAGCAAGGAAUCAUAGUUUUUGAGGUUCCUCAUCCAAUGGUCGAUGGCUUGGUUCGUUACCAUGUGUGUAAGCCUACGACUAAGCAGGUUUUGGCUUUGCCAAAUCCCAAAACCAAGUAUUUAACCAAGAGAGUUUCCAUGGUUGUGAUGGGUUCAAAGCCAUUGCGUUAUAAGAUUAUCAGAUUAUCCGAACCUAAAUUUAAUCCCAAGUAUGAUCGAUAUUACACAACAUAUUAUUGUGAAAUUUUCGACUCAAGAGCAUGGACAUGGAGACGACAAGAUCUUUUAGUAUUUCCUUUUCAUGACUUUUUGCCUUGCCAACAACCAAUCACCGUUAGGGGAUCCAUCUACAUGUUAACGACAAACAACGAUGUAUUGAAAUUUAAUGCAUAUUCUGAAAAAUGGACAACCUUUUCAAUUCCUAUUGAAGACCUCGAUUAUAUUCUGAUUCCAAGGAAACUCGUAAAAUAUCAAGGAAAGUUGGGGUUUGCUUCUAUGACACCAGGUCGUCUUUCUUGGGAGAUUUGGGUUCUUACAAUUGAUGAAUCAUGGGAGAGACUCCAUGUUUUCUUUGCACAAAGCUUACUAGAGGCUAUAUAUGAUUCAGACACGAUAGUUAUGAGGGAGGACAUGGCACUUGUAUUUUACAGGUUUAAAGAAGGUGAUUAUAUAUGUAAGGUCUCACUGUUUGUUGGACAUGGUUGGUAUUAUUAUAUGCGGAUUUUCCCCUUCGGAUCUGAUUUUGAGCAGAGAAAAGAAUUGAUUCUUAAAAACAUCCAUAUCUACAACACCAUUGCUUUCGGUUGCACACAGCCUCCUCCAAGCUGCAAUUUCUUGUCUCUGCCAAAGAAAAUAGAUGAUCGGCGGUUUUGUUAAGUUUUAGAACAAAUUCAAUAAAUAAUCAAAGUCCCGUUUUGUGGAAGGGUGUCAGCCAACAACAAGUGGGGACCAACUCUGAAAAGAUAUUAACCAAGGGCGUAUCUAACAUAUAAGAAGGUGGAAUCUACAAUCAAAUGAGGUCUAUACACCCCACUUAUAAUACUCUAUAUCCGCCACUGAUUGUUCACUGUUUAAUCUUCAUGUUCAUUGUAUAUCAUUUGAUUUAUAUAAAAGGGAAAAUAUCGAUGUACUAGACCACUAAACUCAUUUUUUACCUAUCAAUUAC